AUGUUAUCUCUCUUCAAAUAUUCUGUGGUUCUGCAGAUCAUCAAGGCACGUGAGUAUCAUCACAGAUUGAAGAAAGAGAAGAAGAAGUAUAGAAAUAAUGCAGAUAACACUGUCUGUAAGAGAUUGAAGAAGAAGAUACAGGAGCUGACAGAGAAGAAGGGAAUUGAGGCCUUGUUCAGGUCUCAAAUACACUCUAUGAUUCAGAAUAUUGAGAAGACAGCUCUGCUCUCUGAGUAUGUCAAUCUGCUUAUCACUGAGAUGGAACCUGAGACAGCAGACCAGGAAAUGCAGGAUUUUGAGAUGCAGAUUGACCUGACUGAAAGAGAGCAGUGA